CUCUGUUACCCCGACGCUAGGUGACACGCGGUUGAAUGUUAUCAUCACGUGACAAGUGUCACGUGCUCUCGAUGUUCGAAUUUUGCACAUUUUGACAGUUGUUUUAGCAGCGUACAGGAUUUAUUGGGACCGAUUGGCGGGUUUUAUCGCUGACAUGUACUUUUUUAUUUGAUACAACAUAACUUUUUGGAACAGUGAAUUGUGGGGGUGGACUUUUUAAAGUUUUUAAUGUUACAUUGUGGACGCAUAAUAGAUUUGUUUGAACAUGUGUGGAGCGGUGUUCGUGCUCGUAUUCGCCUUCCUGUGCCUCCCGGGCCCUUCCUGCACCAACUCAGAUAAUAUGGCUUUGCUCUUGGGGACGUUGAAGAUGAUGCAGAGAGCGACCUGUGAUGACGAAAUAGUUUCCCUGGCGUGUCCCAGAGGUACAGCGAUCAGCAUACAAGUAGCCCAGUAUGGGAAAGCCUCAAGUGGAGGACACAGUUGUGUGGAGAAUUCAAGAUCACAAAGUAUUGCAGUGGAAGUUGAAGGCGAGAAGGAUUGUUUAUGGCCUAACACAAUGCAGUACUCAUUACUGCAAAGGGUAGUGGAGGCGUGUCAGAAGAAGCCACAGUGCAAGUUUAGCACAAAGCCAAAAAUAGGUCUGGUGGAUCCAUGUCCUAGGACCAGGAAGUUUGUCGAAGUGGCUUACAAAUGCAGACCCUUCACAUUCCGAAGUCGGACAUGUUGUGAAGAUGACGUCAUUAAGUUGAGCUGUAAUCCGUAUUCGAGGAUAGCUAUCUUCGAUGCACAGUACGGCCGUACUGCAUACGAAUCGAUUACCUGCCAACAAACGCAAGGAGUUCUAGACGAAACCUGUUCAGCGCCCCAUGGAACUGACACCGUCAUGCAGAUCUGUCACGGAAAACGACGCUGUCAAAUAGAAGCCAGCAAUAAAACAUUUGGAUCGCCAUGCAAGUCACAAACAAGAACUUAUCUUAAAGUGGUUUAUGCCUGUGUUCCUUUGGGUGUUCUAACCGAGCGGUACGAAAGCGCGGCGGAGACUGAUGAAGUACUGAACGGUGAUAAGAAAUCGGAUGGUGAUGAGCAGAGUUUAUUUGAUGAUUCAGAUGGAGCAAGUGACAGAUGGGACGAUUUAAAUGCUGUAUCUCCUGUGGUCAAUCCUGCUCUUCAACCUCCUGAUGAUGUAUAUGCCUCAGCAACCUCCACGCAAAAGAACGAAGAAUCAUUCAUGAAAACAACGCAAAAAUCCCCUGUAAACAAUAAUGCAGGUUUAUCUAAUCAGAAGACGGUAUUAUUUAUAUAUGUGAGCGCAGGUAUUUUAAUAUUCAUUAUAAUAGUACUCCUUUUAGUAGCAAUUCGAUGUUACAUGACACGACGUUCAUCGGAAAAUUCCAAAACUGGUGACAUGUUUACGACAGAGGCUCCAAACGUAUUCAGUGACGCGGUUUCUGACAUAGACAACGACGUCGAUGUCAGUCAUAUUUCUGGAACAUUCUAUGAUCCUAUUCACCCUGAUAUGAUUCUUUAUAGAGAUAAUCCAGCGAACAAAGGAACGCUUAGAGCUAUGAGACCACUUUCUACGAUAUAUCCCUGCGCUGGAACAAGUAUGUAUGGAAAUGUCGAUUAUGUACCGUCCCAAGGACGAGAAGGUACAAACCGAUUUCGGGGCAAAGAUGAGGAACCCGAUGCUAUGAUGAGCCCUAAGAGUUUAGGGACGUAUUCUAAUUCCCAAUUUUAUUAUGGCUGACGGAGGAAUACAGGAGGCACCGACGAUGUCUCCAGAACAUAUUGUUUUUAGUGUUUUUGAAUUAUGUGCACAGUGAAUUGAAUUAUCAGAGGCUUAUAAAGCUAAUAUUGAGAUCGUUGUUGCGAUUGUGAAUAUUAUAUAAGUAGUAACAAUAAUUAAAAUAAAUUAAUCUAAUGCCCCAGUAUUUAAAAAUGACAAUGCAUAAUAUUCUAAAUAAUUAAAAAUCGUUUCACACAUUUUUGAUAUGAGACACUUUAAGAUUUGCACAAUUGUAUAAGAAUGGUCAUUAAUUUGCACAUAAUUAAAUGUAUUUUGUAAAAAAU